AUGAAAGCUGCCGGGAAUCAAAAUCAGACCAAGGCAGCCUUGCUGUGCAAUAAUCGACUUGUGAAGGAGGAUAAUAAACCAAGAAAGGUGACUCCAUCAGUCUUCACCCAGGAGAUCUUGCAGUCCACAGAAGAACGUCUGAGUAACAGCACCAAGGUUCGCCCUCCUCGUGUCCUGGAGUGGCUGGACAUCGGCGACGUGUCACAUCACAAACUGUCUUUGGUAGACCUCGAGCAGCCAAUUUUCCAGCCAUAUCCCUCUGAGCUGGUCUUCCAGAACUUCCUUCCUGCACAGACCUACAUGAUCCCGCUGCUCCUCCUCAACAAUGACAAGGUGUCACGACGAGUGAAGCUGGAACAGCAGGACUCAGAGUAUUUCCAUGUGGAUGCACCCAAAGAGGGAAACAAGGUUGCACCAGGACUGUCUGCCACCUUCACAGUCUACUUCACCCCACAGGAGAACAAGGACUACCACCACAGUCUGGUCUUUUCAACAGAGAGGGAACGCUUUGAGAUUCCAGUCUGUGCCAUCGGGCCACGUGCCAUUCUUGACUUCCGAGACAGAAUUGAGCUCCCCCUCUGUCCCGUGAAAGCGUCCACAGAGAAAACCCACCUGGUCCGCAACAUAGGAAACAGCACAGCCAACUUCCAGUUACUCACACAGAGGCCUUUCUCAGUGACGCCCACCUCCGGGACUCUUGAGAUAGGCGACAGUAUGCAGGUGACGGUAGAGUUUCACCCCAUGACUGCUGGAGACCACUGGGAAGACUUGCUCCUCCACUACCACACUGGUGAAGAUGUGUACAUCAGCUUGUUCGGGUCUUGUGAGGAAUUGAACGUCCAUCUUCAACCCGACUCAGUCCGGUUAAACAAGACCUUCAUAUCCCUGGCCAGUGUGCGCACGGUGUCCCUCACCAAUGACAGCGAGACGUCCCUGCAGUACUGCUGGACCGCCGGACCGAUCCAGCCGGAAGAGAGCCUGAGCUCUCUGAGGGAGAGCUCUGUGCUCCAGCACAUGGAGAAGCUUCAGUGUGAGUCCAACCCCUCAGCGGAGGGAUUAAUAUGGCCCAACAUGACCAGACGGUUCAGCGUUAUCUUCAAGCCUGAAGAAGCCAAACUUUACCAGCAAACCAUCUAUUGUGAUGUUACAGGUCGUCAAUCACCGCUUCCCCUCAGGAUCCAAGGUGAAGGCAUCGGACCUGAACUCUGCCUCAACUAUAACAUGAUGAACAUGAAGAAUGUCUACAUCGGAAGCCCAGAACUUUACAAGGUGCAGCUGAUGAACAAUGGGCUGAUCAAAGCCCCUUUCAGAUGGUCCGCCCCCGACACCACCUUCGGCCGCUGUUUCACCUUCCAGCCGGAGGAAGGCGUGGUUCCCCCCGGAGCCAGUCAGACUGUGGAAAUCGGCUUCCAGAGCCGCAGUCUGGGCUCGUUCUGUGAGGAUUUACUGCUGAUCGUCACCGGACAGCCGCAGCCUCUCGUCAUGAACUUCAGGGGUUGUGUCAUCGGUCCCAAUUUUCACUUCAAUGUUUCAGAGAUCAAUUUUGGAGAUGUAGCUUUUGGCUUCCCAAUGACCUACAUCUGUACCCUCUUCAACCCAUCGUUUGUGCCCAUGAAUUUCUCCCUGCGUGUUCUGGGAGACGGACUCGGGCCGCCCAGUGUCACCGCUGACCGGCAGGUGGCCGAUGAGACUCUGAAGACCUGGCGAGGCCACACCGCUCGAGAACUUCACACACAGCCGGCGGAGUUCACCGUUAGCCCAGCGACGGGCUCCGUGAGAGCGCUGUCAGACAUCAACGUCAAGGCGACGCUGUGCUCCAACACUGUGGGACGAUACAGACUGGCGCUGGUGGUGGAUGUUGAAGGAGUUGGGGAGGAAGUCAUGACUAUUCCUAUCAACGCCAGGUGUGUUGUUCCUGAGGUGUUGGUGGAGAACCCAGUGUUGGAUUUUCAAGGUUGUUUCCUGAAUCUCGCCUACGAGCAGCGAGUUCGCCUGACCAACUGCAGCGAUCUGCCCGCCUGCUACGGCAUACUUGAUCAGGAGUGUGAGGAGAAUCCGGGCCUGGUUCUAAACAGUUCUGUACCCAGAGGCCUGCUUCCCCCCGGCUCCUCGGAGGAGCUCCCGGUGCUCCUGCUGGCCAAAGCCGUGGGGAAGCUGCGUCACACUCUUCGUAUCGCCGUGUUGGGCAGCCUGCAGCCGCCUCUGGAGGUGACGGUGUCCUGUGUCGGCCGGGGACCGGUCCUCCAUCUUCACACCUCCCAGCUGCAUUUUGGAAGAAUCCCGGUUCUGACGGACGUCUCAAAACCCCUGCAGCUGCUCAACCAGUCACCCAUCGCAGCUCACUUCUCCACUCGCACGAGCCAGAGAAGGUCAUGUUGGCGUGUCGAGCCCAGCGAGGGUGAGGUGCCUCCAGAGAGCCAGCUGGAGAUCAGGGUCAUCGCACACCUCAAGGACACACUGACCUUCAAGGACAGGCUGGAGGUUUGUGUUCAGGACGGUCAAACACUGGCCGUCUGUCUGUCUGCCGAGGGAACCGGGACCACCAUCGUCAGCGACAAGCCGUUCGGCCCCCGCCUCGACCUCGGCACACACUUGAGCCACGGCUCGUGCCAGUACCGCUUCAAGCUGACCAACCUCGGCCAGCGUGUACAGAGGCUGUACUGGAAGACCGAAGACUUCUCGCCUAACACGAAGACCCGCGCGGGAGACAGCUUUUCCAACAAGACCUUCCUGCCGCCCAUCUCCGCUCCCAAGAAGAAAAAAGUCGUGAGCAGUGGAGCGGCGCUCUCCGGCCAGGACAGACCCGUGUUCAGCCUCAGUCCUCCUCGUCUGGAGCUUUUUCCAGGCUGCUCUGUUGACAUGGUUCUCGCAGGAUCUUCAGACUCAACUAGGGUUGUACGUGAACGUCUGGUGUGCCGUGGCAUCAUCGGCCAACAGGGCACACUGGAAAAAAUCAUGUCUGUGGACGUCGUCUGUCACUUCGUUGCUCCGUUGCUCAGCAUUUCUCCAAAACAGCUGAACUUCCGUGCAAAAAAGGUCAAAGGACAGAAUCUGCCCCUCGUGUACAAGAAGCUUGUCCUGAACAAUGUGUCGUCCCUGUCUUUGUCCAUGGAGCUCACUCUUGCAGAGCCUUUCUAUCUCUGUGAGGCCUCAGGAGAACAAAGCUCGACUACAACUAAGUCUCUACUUUUAGGUGACAAGAGCCAGGUGGAGUUGUGGGUUUGCUUUAAUCCAGAUUUCUAUCAGGAUCAGAUGUCACGGAUUGUGGAUGAGGUGCUAGAAAUCCGUCACAGAGGACACCCACAGGAGGACGUGGUGGCGCUGCAUGCAGAGGUCCAUUACCCCAACCUCCACUUCUCGUCCACUGAAGUGGAUUUUGGCUGUGUAGUGAACUGCACGGAGACCUGUCGAGAAAUCACCAUCACAAACUGCUCUCAGCUGCCCGUGUCGUACCGCUGGGCCUUCAUGGAUGGUCACAAACAACGAGUGAUGAUGAAUGAAGAAGAGGAUCUGAAAGACUUUGGAGGUCUGCCUGAAGGGAGGAUGAGCUCCUCUGGAACUAUUUCUCCUGCCUCUUCAUCUUCUCACGGCUCCGGACUGAACGCUGAUGAUCAGGACAGAGCAGCACAGUGUCGUCUGUGUGUUCAAGAGAUCUUUGAUAUCCUGCCGAUGUAUGGGGAUCUCCAACCUGGAGAGAGGCAGCAAGUCACGUUUUCCUUUUAUGGUCACGAGAACAUCAGCAAGGACAUGGUGGCACAGUGCCGUGUCGACGACGGGCCAACGUAUGAGCUCAAACUCAGAGGAGAAGCGUCGGAGAUCAGCUACAGGCUGCAGCCCACUCGACUGGACUUUGGUCUGCAGCUUUUCCAUCAAGUCGGGGAGGUCGAAGUCAGUCUGAGAAACACGGGUGGAGUCGGCUUCAACUUCCGAAUCCUAAGAGAGGAAGAAGAUGAAGGUAUUGAUGAAGCAGAGGGAAACACACAGGACGACGGAGAGCAGCAGGUCAGACCUGGCCGUCCUACAGUCAUCCCCUCUGAGGGUUACAUCGACGGCGGUGCAGAGCAGAGUUUGCGUGUGCUCUUCCUCCCGGGCGUCCCCGUCGUGUUUGAGAAGAAGCUUCAGCUGCAGGUGGCGUUCCUCCCACCGCAGGACAUCACUGUGACCGGGGUGGGACUUUUCCCCAGGAUCAGCUUGAAUCUACCGCGAAGCCUUCCAGAGGAAAGUUACGGUAAAGUGUUGGACGAAGCCAGAGCUGCUGUGGAGGCGUCCGGAGUCCGAGACGAGCUGAUGGAUGGAGUCACUCCUGAUGGACAUUCAACAGAGACGAUCAACACAUUUACAUAUGAGGAUCUGCUUCACAUGGAGGUCGAGAGGUUACUGGUCAAACAGAACGCUCUCAGUGCGUCCGAUGGCCAGCCAGGUUCAGGAAACUCACUCGGUUCUUCUAGGAAAUGGCACAAACUGAGCAAGUUUCCGCUCCCUGAAUACCUGCUGGAUUUUGGAUUCGUCAUUCCAAACAAAGUCAUUGUUCACACAGUGAGAAUCACCAACAGCGGAUUUAUUCCCGUCUCCUUCCACGCAGACUGUAAACAUCUCGCAGGCACAGGCUUCACAGCAGAAUUUGAGCGAGUGAAGAGCCUUCCCUGUGGAGAGACACACACAUUCACAGUUAAAUUUGAUCCCCUACAAAGCAACAUACAGACGGGGGACAUCGACGUCAUCCUGCCAAUACAGGUGUCAGGAGGUCCGCUGGUACCGGUUCGGCUGUGUGCUGUGCUCACCGUGCCGGCUGUCACCGUCUCCACAGAGACCCUGCAGUUUGACACAGUGCCGUGCGGCAUGUGUCAGAUGAGGACGAUCCAGCUGCUGAACCAGAAGUCUGUGCCGUGUCAGUGGACCAUCGCUGAGGAGGUCAAACCAUUCAAAAAGCUGGAUAUGUUCCUGCCUCUGCACAAGCGUGUGGAGCUCCUGCAGGAGCAGCGAGCGCCGCCGGCCGUGUUUGAGGCGACUCCCUGCUGUGGAGUUCUGAAAACUGGAGAACGAGUUAACGUCCACGUCAAGUUCAGCCCUCUGGAGGAGUGUUCCUACAGCAGGAGGCUGCUGGUCAGGGUCGCCGACAGUCCGCAGCAGCUCUUCAUCUCGGCUCAGGGUCGUGGCGAGGAGCCCCGGCUGGAGCUGGACCCGGCGGUCCUGGAGCUCGGACCCUGCCUGCCUCUCAGCAUUGACACGGAGGCCGAGGUGGUUCUGAGGAACCCUGGUUCGUUCCCCCUGGAGGUCUACAUCCUGGAGCUGGACACGCAGCACCUGCAGGAGGAAAAGAUCCUCCGUCUGAUGAAGGGUUACGAUGAAAAAGGCCUCCUGCUGCUUCCUCCCCGGGUCCCUGGAGCUGGUCUUCCUGUGGAGUUACUGGACUACUACCAGGACCUCUGCUCCCAGCCGCAGGACGACGCGGAGCCGGAAGGAAACACGGAGGAUGAAACUGAGAAACCUGAGAAACUAAAACCAAGUGACGCUCAUCUCAAACGCAGCAGCAUGAGCACCAAACCAGCUGAAACAUGUGAGUACGAGUCAGACAUCUUCAUUUCAGAGCUGAACAGAGAGCAAGACAGCAGCAAACUGGGAGAGCUGGAGAUGACUCCGGUCUGCAGAGCCAUCGCUCGCCACAUGGGAGUGGACCUCUCCCCCGAGGGCCUGGCUGCACGCAACCGCAGAGGCAUCACCAUCAUAGUGCACGGAGCCCCGCAGACAGACGGGAGCGGCGCUGCAGCUUCUCUGGCCCGUCACUACAGCUCGGCGAUCCUGAGCGUGGAUGCAGUGAUCAGAGACGCUCUGAUCCAAGGAUCAUCGCCAAUUAGCACCACAGCCAGGCGCCUGUAUCAGGACGCUGUUCAGGUCAUCAAGGCUAGGACAGAGGCAUCUGCUAUAGAAGCACCUGCGACAGAACCUCCCAGCACCUCUGAUCCAAAUCCUGAAGCUCCUCCUCUUCACACCGAACCAAGUGAAGACAGCAGCAGGAAACAGAACCUGGAGGGAGCAGAUCCGACCCUCCUCCGCAGUCUGUUUCCUGAACAGCUGCUGGUUGAUCUGCUGGCAGAAAGAUUUCAGCUUGGUGACUGUCACCACGGGCUCAUCGUCGACGGCCUGGACUCAACCUUCACUCCGUCUGCAGCAAACACUCUGCAAGUCGUUCUCAAAGCUCUCAACAACCGCAAGCACAUCUACGUGGUUCAUCUAGCAGACUCCUACCAAGCUCUGAAGGCUCGAGAGCGAGCUCAGAAAGAGGCAGGAGCAAGCUGCAGUGCAAAGACUGCAGAAGGUGCUGAGGUCAAGAGGUCAACAGAAGACGCAGAGGCCAAGAAAAGCAAAAAGAUAGAGGAGAAGGAGAGUAAAGAAGUUCUGAAGAAAAAGAAGAAGGGUCCAGCUGGGAGAAAAGAGUCCUGUGUGGACGAGCUGCAGUCUCGCUUCAGGACAUACGAGCAGGACCUGGUCCAGGUGGAUCACAUCCUGCAGUGCUGGGACCGGGUCCAGGGCUUGCUGCUGGUGCCGCUCCCCGCUGAAGAAGCUUCGCCGGGGUCCGAGGACCUCCCGACAGAGAAACAGUCUCCUGCUAUAAAGAAGAACAAGAAAGGAAACAGCAAAGUCAUCUCACCAAUUUCCAGCCAGAUCGCAGCAGCAGAGGUGGAGCGUCCGUCUCCAGCAGACAUCAUUCCUCACAUCAUGCUUGACGUCACAGAGACGGAGUGUUUCAGUCCCGAGGAACUGGUGAAGAGCAGCCGUCUGCCUGCUCCAGACGAGGUGCUGGAUGAUUUGGGAUUAGGACCGAGCGGCCCGCCGAUCCCUCCUCCCAUCUCCUUCUCUAUCGUCCCCUUCCCCAAACACAGAGAACCGGCUCAGAUUCAGCAGACAUGCUUCACUUUCCUGGUUCCAUCAGGGACAGAUGAGCAGGACAAGGAGAAAAAAGACUUGGAGGAUGACUUACUGGCUUCCUUUGCAAAGAGCAGGACAAAACAAUCAGAGCAGGCUCGCUCGGCUCUCCAGACCUCCGCCGACUGCAUGGAGCAGGACCAGCACCAGGCCGUCGUGGAGAAAAAACGCAGCCAGAGGUCAGGCGAGCACACGAACUCCCAUAAGCACCUUCCUCUCUCACUUCACUGAACGUCUGAAUCUUCCCGUAGCCUGACGGCGUUUCGCUGGGUGGUCCCGUCCGGAGGGGAGGUGGUCCUGAAGGUCUGGUUCUACUCGGAGUCUCCAGGGAUCUUCGAACAGACCUUCACCCUGGAGGUGACGGGGACGCAGAGACAGUACCAGCUGACCUGCAGGGGGAUUUCCACCUAUCCAACCAUCUGCAAGGACUACAUGACUCUUUUCGCUCACAGUAAGAAGGUGCCUCAGAUGAAAGAAGACCUCCAGAAGAGCUACGUGAUCAAAGCUCAGUGCUUUGAGUUUGGACCUUUACUCUGCAGCAAGACCAGAGACCGAUACAAAGAAAUUCCAUACCCGGAGAACGCGGAGAAGCUGGUGAUUCAUAACGACUCGGGUCUGCAGGCUGACAUUCAGUUUGGUUUCCAUGAUGACACCCAGGCCAACACGUUUCUCCUGGACCCUCCAACCAUGAGCCUCGAACCGGACCAGAAGCAGGAGCUGACAGUGUGGGCCUACCCAACCAAACCGGGGCCGGUGAAGGACAGGAUCGUCUGUCCAAUCAAGGACAACCCGGAAGUUGUGGUCAUCAACAUUUCCUGUUUGGGAGUUCGACCAGAGCUGCAGCUGGACACCAAACAGUUCCACUUUGACAGAGUUCUGGUGCACAGGGCAAACACUCGCAGUGUGGCCAUGAACAAUAAGACGGCUCUGCCUGUGUCGUGGAGGCUGCAGGGCGUGGAGGAGCUGGGCGACGAUUUCAGCGUGCCUCAGGAGGAAGGCGUCAUCGCACCCAACUCCUCUUUCCAUCUCAAGCUGCACUUCAGAGCCAAAAAGCCUCUUCACAUUAGAAAAGUCCUCCGUGUGGCGGUGUCAGAUGUGGACAAUAUUGUAGGAAUUGUGCACACUGAAAACAUUCAGGUGGUUGCUGAGGCUUACGACAUGACCUUUGACAUCCUUCCAGACUUUUUGGACUUUGGAACCAUCAAAGUGUUCGAAGAAGCCAAACUCUCUCUGAAAAUUAAGAAUCGAGGGAAAUAUGAAAUCGCCUACAAGUGUGUGUUUGAGCGGAGUGACCCCAGCCAGCCCGAACUGGACUCCAUGUUCACAGCCUCGCCCCAAAGUGGCACUUUAUCCGCCCACGAGAGGUCCACCACUGUGCAUGUCGUCUGCACUCCCAACAGGGAGGUCUCCCUCAGAGAGCAGCCUGUCCUGGCUUUUCAGAUGAUUGAUCCCAGCAUCGGGAGUGGAGGAGAAACAAUCACCACCUUGGCCAUAAGAGUUUCGGUCCAGGCUGUUUUCUCCAGAUAUAAGAUCACGCCUGCGUCUGACAUCAACUUCGGUCCUCUGGUUUACGGCUGCUGGAAGAGCCAAAGUUUCACCAUCGAAAACACUGGAGUGUUCGAGGUUCAGUUCAACAUCUCCCGCAUGACGUCUGAUGGUUCGAGUAAGCUGAUGCCUGCUGACAGCUUCUCGGGGAAGCCUGCUGCUGCAGUCAAGCUUAGACGGAAGAGCAUUCAACGGGACACUGUGACUCCUCAGAACCUGCUGACCAUGGGGGUGUUCAAAGUGUCUCCCUGCACCGGGAGCCUGCAGCCCGGAGCUCAGCAGCUCGUCACAGUGGACUGUUUGGCCGAUCAGCUCGGUUCCUGGAAGCAGGGUUUACUCAUUAGCAUCAGUGGCCGUGACCCCUCCGACCACCCUGACGGCAUCCCGUACAUACUCCUCGCUGAAAUCUGCAAGCCAGGCAUUUCCUUAGACAUGGCCUCCAUCUUUGAGGAACACCAUCUGUGCCACAACUACAGUCAACUCUCCUCAGAGCAGUUCGUCAGCGCUGAAGGGAUCUACGUCCUGGACGAGAACAAGUUUGUUUUUAACAAAGUGUUGGUGGGGCGAACUGUUCAGGCCCGCUUUAAACUCACCAACAACAGCAAAGUUCCCUGUGUGCUCAGCUUGGCCAUCAAACAUGGUGGAGCUGAGACGCCUCGGAAUGUGGAGUCUUUUGAUUUGCCCACUACCACACUGAACAUUCCCAGCCAGUCGCACGCCUUCGCCGUGGUCACCUUCACGCCUCACACCAUGCAGCUGUACAGCGCUGUGUUCGAAGCCACCAUGGAGGGAUCCAGCUGGAAGGUUCUGGAUGUGGAGCUGAUGGGGGAGGGCACCCUGCCCAGUGUGUGUGUGCUGCGUCCCGCUCUGAGGAACAGUCGAGGAAGCCCCCUGAUGCAGUUCAGACGGGUGCUGGUGGGCCGCAGACGCACUCUGCCUCUGGUGCUGCUCAAUGACGGGAACGUUCCCGCUCAGGUCCACAUCGAAAUGCCAGAUGAAAACCGUGUUUUUAGCCUGAAAACUGCUGCGGGAAACACCUGCAGCACCGUAACGUCCACUGAACUCCAGGACACCGCGGAUUCAGAGCCUCAGGUGGUGCACAGAGUGACUUUGAGGCUGAACGUGAACCAGUCCGUGGAGUUUGAGGUCGAGCUCUGCUCUGACCGUCCGCUGAGUGUGAAGGCGGAGAUGUCACUGCAGGUGGAGGACAACCAGUACAGCAACAGUCCAAUACGGGUGACAGGAGAGGCCUACCAGGCGAUGGUCUCACUGGGAAACCUCCGGAGGUCUCAGAGGGACAUGGACCAGGAGGAGGAAGGUCAGGACGACAUGCUGGAUUUUGGCGACUGCCACGUGGGCGCCUCGCAUCAGGAAAGCUUCACCAUGUCCAACCACAGCAGCAGCCGGGCAGUGAGGUUCGAGUGGCCUCCAGGUGGAGCCCAGCUGGUCUUUUCACCACAGGUUGGGCAUCUUCACGCUGGAUGCUCGAAGGAAGUCACGGCCACCUUCACUUCCUGCCAGCCGCUGACUCUCAGCAGACAGUUGGUGAAAUGUAAGCUGUGCCAGGUGGAGUUUGAGCAGCCUCUGGACGAGGUGGCGGACUGGGACGACCGACAGAGGACGGUCCGGUGGCUGAGCUCCGGAGCAUCGCAGCAGGCUGCAAACAGCAAGGAAGUGAAGACGGAUCCUGAGCCCAGCUGCUCGGUGGUGGAAGGCUCCCAGUGGGAGCUGGAUCUGCGCGUCAGUGCGGUUUGUGACUACGUGAAGUUCAGCUGCAACACGGAUGCCGUCCACUUCAAAGACACGCUGCUCUACCAGAGCAGGAUCCACCAACUACAGAUUGUGAAUGAAGGUACAGUGAGCCUGGAUUUCUCCUGGAAUGUCUUCCUGGAUUCAAGCUGCAGCAAAGAAGACCUAAGAAAUGGGAGCUCCAGCAGCUCCAGGCCUGGCAGCAGGUCUUCACAAGGUUCCACGCCGGUCUCCACGCCUCGGUCUGCACCGCGUCCCUGCAGCGCUCUCACUGGAGUGAUGUCCCUGCUGACGGGGGCUCCUGAGCCGGCUCCUUUUGAGAUGGAGCCUCACACAGGAAGCAUCGAACCGGGGGCCACGCAGGACUUCAGCCUCCGCUUCUCUCCAGUCCAGGUGCUUCGAUUCCAGGGCCGGGUGCUCUGCAGUAUUCCUAACCUGCAGGAUGGUGAGCAGCCCCCUUGUGUGUCGGUGAGCGGGCGUGGUCUGCUGCCUCACUGUCACUUCUACCUGGAGGACUCGGACUAUCUGAGUGGAAACCGCAGACCGCCGGACUUCAGGACUCCUCUGGACCCCAACGCCCGGGUGUUAGAGUUCAGCGCUGUGGGCGUCUCCGCUCCGUCAACAAGACGUUUUCAUGUUCUCAACCCGACCAGCAAACCGUUUUCCUUCAAGUGGAGGUGUGAGCACAAAGGAGACGGCCCCUUCUCCUGUCUCACCCCGAGUGGGACUGUCUCACCCGGGAAGAAGGCGGAAGUGUGUUUUCAGUAUGUGGCCGGGCAGCAGGACGUGGUGGAGUCAUCGUGGAGCUUCGUGACAGAGACUCUGUCUGUUCCCUUCCUAUGUGUGGGAACAAUGAGGGAACCGCUGGUCUAUCUGGACCGAGUCCACCUCCAGUUGGGGGAAGUACUCGUUGGCUGUAAAGUGGAGCAGCUCGUCGAUGUGGUGAAUAAAGAAGAAGAUUGGUUUCAGUUCUCUGUCCUGCAGUCGUCUCUGCUCAGUGAAGAUCAGCAGUCCAGUCUGAGUGUGCAGCCCAUGAGCGGCAGACUGGCUCCGAAUCAAAGGCUGCCGUUGAGCAUCUCCUUCACUCCGUCUCGGGAGGGAAACGAGAGUUUCAGGCUGAUUCUCAAGGUGAAGAGGAAGUCUGAGCCGCUCAUGUUGAGCGUCAAAGCCGAUUGUUUUACGAUGAGCGCUUCCGUUCACGUGGACAAAUCUGACGGAUCCUUCGAAGAGGUCGACCCCGACUGCCAGGACACGCUGGACUUCGGACAGGUUGGAGUUUCAGAACAGAAAUCCUUCAACCUCCUGAUAUCCAACCUGGCGAGGUCGGUCCUGGCUGUGACCUUCGACCUGACGGCUCCCAGAGAGCUGCUGCAGCAUGUGGAGGUGAAGCCGCAGAGCGCCGCCGUGGAGGUGGGACAGCAGCUACAGGCCGCCCUGACCUUCUGCCCCCGGGGCGUCUGCAGCCUGCAGGACGUCACGCUCAGCGUCAGGGUGAAACAUGGCUCAACGUUCAGUUUUGCCAUUAAAGGAUCGGCUGUAGCUCCGAGCCUGGAAUUCUCCUUCAGCAAGUUGAACUUUGGGAAGUGUUUCCUCGUAUGUCCGGGCGUGACGCCGCCCCGCCAGACCCUGCUCAUCACCAACAGGGGCCAGAGAGCCGUCAGUGUCCAGUGUCAGUUUGAGAACACUGCGUUCCUGGAGAUGGACUUCCACCCAGACGUUCUGCCUCCCGGUGCCGUGAUGGAGGCUCCCAUCACCUUCUGUCCUCCAGAGGCUCGGCGCUACCACCAAACGCUCCACUUCGUCCUAAACGGCUGCGUGACCAAAGAGGUGGAGGUGCUGGGGCAGGGCGUGGAAAUGAAGCUGGAAGUGGAAGAACCACGCCAGAGGAAGCUGAAGCUGGGCUCCCUCAUGGUCGGCCAGAAGGUGAAAAAGCAGCUGGUUCUGAUCAACCGCAGCACUUUGGACCUCACUUUCUCCCUGAUGCUCACUGCAAGUUCUCCACUGGACCCAAAGGACCUGUCUGUGAGUCCAGCCGGUGAGCUGAAGCUGAAACCUGCUGCUCGGUGCAUCGUUGAUCUUCAGUUCUCCCCUCAGCAGCCCGUCCCUCCGUUCACUGCCGAGCUGCAGGCCGAGUGUUCAGGUCUGAUCCAGGAUCUGCUGAUCCUCCAUGGCUGCUGUCAGGGUGUGGAGGUCUUCCUGGACCAGAACCACCUGUCCUUUGGAGCUGUGGUCCAGCGCUCAAGGUCCCAGAAGAAAAUCCUCCUGAUCAACACAGGAGACAUCGGUACCAGGUUCAAAUGGAGGCGAGAGGAUUUCCCCGCAGAGCUGUCCAUCGCCCCGGCUACCGGCCACAUCGGCCCCGGCGCAGAGCUCCCCCUCACCGUGACCUUUGCCCCCGUGGAGCUGACUAACGACGCCAGAUAUGAGCAGCUGUCCUGCUGUGUGGACGGCUCGCCCUCAAACCUCAGUCUGACCGUCACGGGCUCCUGCAUCGCAGCCUCCACCGCCAAAGAGGUGGUGACUUUUACCUGCCCAGUGCGAAGCUCCCACACUCAGACCCUCGCAGUCCUCAACCCCACCAAUCAGCCGUGCAGCGUCCGGCCGGUGAUCGAGGGCGAGCAAUGGAGCACCACGCUGACCGUGGCCUUCGAUCCCCACCAAAGCAAGCCGCUGGAGGUCACCUACAGACCCCUGACUAUGACCCCCAAUGGAAAGAAACACCUGGGAUCGAUCUUCUUCUCCUUCCCCGAUGGCAGCGGCGUGCUGUACGCUCUGCAGGGAACCGCCGAACCUCCCAAAGAAGAAAACGCUGUUAUUAAAGAGCUGCCGGCCAAAACUCAGCACGAGGAGCUUCUGCCUGUGCAGAACUGGCUCAGCAGACAGCAGAGGUUUCGUGUGCUGAUCGAAGCAGUGAAGCCAGACCGACUGGACGCCACGGUGUCCCUCAGCGGUCCCGGGUACAUUGAAGUCCCCGCUUCGUCCACGAGGGUCUACAAGCUGCGUUUCCAGACGUACAGAGAGGGACAGUUCCACACCAAGGUGACGUUUCGUAACGAGGACACUGGAGAGUUCUGCUUCUACCUGGUGACCUUUAAGGCCUCGUCUCCCGGAGUCCUGUCCACCGUCUCCCUGGAGGCCGCCGUCCGCCGCACCGCCUCGGCCUCGGUGGAGCUGGAGAACCCUCUGAGCACCGCCGCCGACCUCGCCAUCCACUGCAAAUGCUCCGACAUCAGCGCUCCGGCUCAGCUGACCGUUCCAGGACGGUCCAAGGGCGUGUUGGCCUUCGAGUUCCAGCCUCUGCUGGCGGGAGAGUCCACAGCCCGCCUGACUCUGUUCAGCCACGAUCUGGGAUCGUUCCACUACGAGCUGCAGCUCAGAGCUCUGCCACCUCCGCCCGAGAAGACCGUCCACUUCAGCACCACGCUGGGCAGCAGCCACUGCGUCCUCGUCAGGUUCAGCAACUCCCGCUUCAAAGCCAAGUACUCCUACAAGCUCGACGGUGCAGAGUUCAUGGUGGAUAAGAAGGUCAGAGCACUCCUGGAAGCUCCGGCGGGGUCAGAGGUCAGCGUGGAGGUCUGCUUCGAGCCUCACCAGCUGGGAGAAUCCAGAGGUCAGCUCACACUGUCCUCAAAGGUCGGGGGUCAGUACGUCUUCCCCCUGCACGGCCUCUGCCUGCCCCCGAAGGCUCAGGGCCCGUUCAGCAUCAGGACCGGCUGCAGCGUCUCCAUCCCCUUCAAGAACGUCUUCCUGCAGACCGCUGCCUUCUCCUGCCAGGUGAACAACCCCUGCUUCUCGGUCGAAGGAGUCGACAGGAUCGCCUCCAAAAAGACCCAGGACAUCCAAGUGUCCUUCCAGGCUCCUCCGGGGGCCGCGGAUGGGCCCUGGUUCGGCAGGCUGACCGUCUGCAGCCAGAGGUCCGAGGGCCACAGUAAGCCCUGCUCCUGGGUGUACUACCUGAGGGGCCACAGGCCCGGCCCCGCUUAG